GUCUUCCGGAAGUUGGUGCCGGUCCGGUCAAUACCCGGCCGUUCGCUCUCCUUGCAUUACUGGGCUGCCUGCAGUUCCUCCUUAGGUAACUCGGGGCAUCGCCACCGCGCCUCCCACCCGCAAAGUGCACGUCGGGAAUUCCGUCGCCCUCCGCUCGUCUCCCGAGCGGUCGCCUGCCUUGUUUCCCCGCCGAGCUUACCUGCUGUGCACGGGCCCAGUGCAACCCAUGGCGAGGGCCGCUCCGACCACCGCCUUUGGGCAGGCGGUGAUCGGGCCGCCGGGCUCGGGAAAGACCACGUACUGUCUGGGCAUGAGCGAGUUCCUGCGUGCUAUGGGCCGGCGCGUGGCAGUAGUGAACCUGGACCCGGCCAACGAGGGGCUGCCGUACGAGUGUGCCGUGGACGUGAGCGAGCUGGUGGGUUUGGGCGACGUUAUGGACGCGCUGCGACUGGGGCCCAACGGCGGCCUGCUAUACUGCAUGGAGUACCUGGAGGCCAAUCUGGACUGGCUGCGUGCCAAGCUUGACCCCCUCCGCGGCCAUUACUUCCUCUUCGAUUGCCCAGGCCAAGUGGAGCUCUGCACGCACCAUGGCGCCCUACGCAGCAUCUUCUCCCAGAUGGCCCAGUGGGACCUUAGGCUGACUGCUGUCCACCUAGUGGAUUCUCACUACUGCACAGACCCUGCCAAGUUCAUUUCAGUACUGUGUACCUCCCUCGCCACCAUGCUGCAUGUAGAACUGCCCCACGUCAACCUCCUCUCCAAGAUGGACCUCAUUGAGCACUAUGGGAAGCUAGCUUUCAACCUGGACUACUACACAGAGGUCCUGGACCUCUCCUACUUGCUUGACCACCUGGCUUCGGACCCUUUCUUCCGCCACUACCGUCAGCUCAAUGAGAAACUGGUGCAGCUCAUUGAAGACUAUAGCCUGGUCUCCUUCAUUCCUCUCAAUAUCCAGGACAAGGAGAGUAUCCAGCGGGUCCUGCAGGCUGUGGAUAAAGCCAAUGGCUACUGCUUCGGGGUCCAAGAGCAGCGAAGCCUAGAGGCCAUGAUGUCUGCUGCAAUGGGAGCUGACUUCCACUUCUCCUCCACCCUGGGCAUCCAGGAGAAGUACCUGGCACCCUCAGACCAGUCAGUGGAGCAAGAAACCAUGAAGCUGUAACAACAAGCUGGGCUCUGGAGAAUAAGACACUUAAUCCAGCACUGGGGAAAGCUGUAGCUCCCAGUAAGCCACAGCGGACAGCCCAACAGGCUAUAGAUCCAAAAACAGGCCUCCCUGCCAGACCUGGAAGGCUGAUGAAGGGACACCCAGCCCUGCAAAGGACUUCUAGCCAAAAGCCAGAUGUGGCGCAACCAAAGCACCUACUAUACCCUCAGUACUCAUGAGCUCUGAGCACUGCCACCAGGAAUUCAGCUCUGGCCCCACUCAGGCUAUGAUGGAAUGUGCUACAAUACAAGAAUUUGUUUUCU